AUGGCCGAAAGUCUGACCGAAGCCAAUGUCCCUACAGAGGGGGGAGCUACGCAGACGGCCAAGGAUCUGUUUUCCGGUGCCGUCGGGGGCGUAGCACAGGUCCUGGUCGGCCAACCAUUCGACAUUGUCAAGGUGAGGCUGCAGACGACGACGCAAUACUCGUCUGCCCUGGAGGCGGCCACAUCCAUCUACAGGAAGGAAGGGCCUACGGCCUUCUACAAGGGCACCCUGACGCCUCUGAUCGGCAUAGGCGCCUGCGUGUCGGUGCAGUUCGGCGCAUUCCACCAGGCGCGCCGGUGGUUGGAGGCGCGCAACUUGGCCUCGUCGCCGGGCGGCUCCGGAUCCCUGAGCUACUGGCAGUACGCGCAGGCCGGCGCGUUCGCGGGCGUGGCCAACUCUUUCCUGUCCGGUCCGAUCGAGCACAUCCGCAUCCGAUUGCAGAGCCAGCCGCACGGCGCCGGCAGGCUGUACGACGGCCCGCUGGACUGCGUGCGCAAGCUGGGCGCCCACGACGGCGUCCUGUCCGGCGUCUACAGGGGCCAGGUGGUGACCAUGUGGCGCGAGGCCUUCGCCUACGGUGCCUGGUUCACCAGCUUCGAGUGGAUGAUGAACCAGGACGCCAGGCGCAACGGCGUCGACCGCGCUGACCUGCCCGCCUGGAAAGUCGCGCUCUGGGGCGGCCUGGCCGGCGAGGCCCUCUGGCUCGCCUCCUACCCCUUCGACGUCGUCAAGAGCAAGAUGCAGACCGACGGCUACGGUGCCGCCCAGAAGUACAAGUCUAUGCGCCACUGCGUCGCCGCCACGUACGCUGCCGGCGGGCUUGGCGGCUUCUUCAAGGGUAUCGGUCCUACACUGCUCAGGGCCAUGCCCGUGUCCGCUUGCACUUUCGCUACCGUCGAGUUUACCAUGAAGCUUCUCAACUAG